UUUGAAAUCGUUUAAUCGGUGAAAAUAUUUAGAAUAAGCCUUUCGCGAUUAAACAUCGUAAAAACUGAACGGAAAAGGUUUUUUUUGGUGCUGUUGAUUAUUUUGUAGAUUUACUCACUUAGUGCGUUGUCGUUACUUUAUUAUCCGUAGAAGUGGAAAAAAAGAAAAAAAGGGAUUUUUUUCUAUGAAUAAUUUUGAUACCAGGACAUUUUCAUUUCUUGAACAUUGAAAUCAUUUAUCGGUGAGAAUAUUUAGAAUAAAACUAUCGCGUAAUCACCGUAAAAACUGAAUAGAAAUGGUUGGAUUUUUGCUCUGAAUAAUUUUUGCUACCGGGACAUUUACAUCUCUUGAACAUCCAUUGGAAUCGUUUAAUCAGUGAAAAAAAUUCAAAAUAAAUUCAUCGCGAUUGAACACCGUAAAAACUAAAUAGAAAUAACUCAUAGAAGUUGUAUCAUGAUAAACUGUAUGGUUGAGUGGUGCCAUCUUGAUUAUUACGCUUUUUUUUAGCGUCAAAUUCUCUCCUUUGGUGACUUUAUUAAGGUGGAAAUUCCGACUUUCCGUUUGACCGACGCAAAUCUGUACCAAAAGGACGUCUAUCUGAAACCACUGUCGAAAAGUUUUAUGACGUGGGCAGCGAGGAAAGUCUUUCAAAAGUUCUCACUUCGAUCAGGGAAAGUAAAAUGUUGAUAGUUUCAAAAACUGGCCGAAACAGAAAAAUCGAGUAGAAAAACUUCCUUCGUGAAAUUUUGUUCAAUUUUCUACACCAUUAUUUCAACAAGCUGAGAUAUAUGCUUUGUAAAUUGUGUUGGAGACUCUGAAUUUCGUCGAGUUUUCUCGACAACCGAAGAAUCCUGGGAUCCGCGACAGAUUUGGAAAAAUGGCAACGGACAUCAGUUGAGGACAGGCUCCGAUCCCUGCAGGACCAAGUGAAUCUCGUUCUCAGAGGUCAGUUUCCCGCCAUUUUCGAUUGCUCACAGCGAAAAGCGGCAGCCAUGAGUUUGUGCAGCGAGAGAGAGUCCUCAUUCCAGCCUCCGAACUUUCAGCACCGCAGAGAGGACGAUAGACUCAACUCAUCGGGAAUCGACUCCGACGCCAGAGAUGGAAUGGUGGGUUCGACGCCGGAAAACUACUCGCCGGCUUGCAGUCCGCACCCUCUGUCUCUUUGUAUCGGGCAGGGUUGCCUACCCCAGACGGUGGUGCGGGCCUCCCGGUCGCCUCCCUCUUACCUGUCGCAAGGCCACGCCAAGGCCAAGUGUCUUGGACUCACCUGCGUCGUCUGCGGGGACACCAGCUCCGGCAAGCACUAUGGCAUCCUCGCCUGCAACGGAUGUAGCGGAUUCUUCAAGAGGAGCGUCCGCAGAAAACUCAUCUACAGGUGUCAAGCUGGCACGGGAAGGUGCGUGGUUGACAAAGCACAUAGGAAUCAGUGCCAAGCUUGCAGACUGAAAAAGUGUCUUCAUAUGGGAAUGAAUAAAGACGCGGUCCAGAACGAGCGGCAACCGAGGAACACGGCAACGAUCCGACCCGAAACUUUCGUGGACAUGGAUCACGAUCGAGCUCUGCGCGAGGCAGCCGUCGCCGUGGGCGUCUUCGGACUGUUCAAAUGCACCUCCUCAUGCAAUUUUGAUGAUUGCAGCCCGCCCAACUCGAUGGGACUUGGAGUCUCCCCGUCGUCCAGGUACCACCAUCCCCUAUCUUUAGGCUCCCCGAAAUCACCGACGCCCCAGAAUCUGUCCAAAGAGGAGAUCGAUGAUGAGGACAGCUCGAUCGACGUGACGAACGAGGAGCCCCCCGGCGAGACGACUGCUUCGACCCCCAGCGGUGGGGGCGGGGGUGGCGGGGGUGGAGGCGGAGGCGGGGGUGCCGGAGCGGGCGGCGGAGGAGGGGUGGGCGCCCCGGGCCUGCCCCCGAACCCCGACCACGCCUUCAUCUACCCGCCCGUCCAGGAGACGCUCUACGAGACCUCCGCCCGGCUCCUUUUCAUGGCAGUCAAGUGGGCCAAGAACCUCCCCUCCUUCGCCUCCCUCCCCUUCAGAGACCAGGUGAUCCUGCUGGAGGAGUGCUGGUCGGAGUUGUUCCUCCUGAACGCGAUCCAGUGGUGCUUGCCGAUGGACACGAGCCCGCUCUUCAACGCCAGCGACCACGUGGCCGCCGUCCCGAACGGGAAAGCCAGCCAAGUGGCCGCCGACGUCAGGGUCCUCUGUGACACCCUCCACCGCUACCGCGCCGUCGCUGUUGACCCCGCCGAGUUCGCUUGCCUCAAGGCCAUCGUCCUUUUCAGAGCCGAGACCCGAGGCCUGAAGGACCCGCUCCAGGUGGAGAACCUGCAGGACCAGGCGCAAGUGAUGCUGAACCAGCACACCCGGGCCCAGCACCCGACACAUUCGGCUCGCUUCGGAAGGCUGCUCCUCAUGCUACCCCUCCUCCGGCAGGUACCCACCGUCCGUGUUGAGGCUAUCUUCUUCCAGAGGACCAUCGGAAACACACCCAUGGAAAAAGUCCUCUGCGACAUGUACAAAAACUAAACGCCCAAUCAGGCCUAUUCCAAUGUGUGCAAUCGCAACUAGCUGUACAGUGUAUGUAUAACGUAAUGUAGAAGUCAAAUCGGGCAAUUUGUCAAACAGCAUCCGGAAAAUGAACGACGACACCCUUCCCUGAUCGCUCCACUGUCCUACAUUUUAGAUUUGAUUGGCGUUUCGCGUCAAUACGGGCCACAUCGUGUCCGGCUUCGUGAAGAGAUAUUGUAGAAUACACGAGAUAUAUUGUACGUUUAUUGUACGUAUUGUAUGCAUUGUAGAAUGUGCGCGAUUUAUUGUAGAUAUUGUAUUGUGUCAUUCGAGUUCGCCUUCAACUCGGUGGUUAUGCAAUUCGAGCGACCCUGGCUUUGGAGUCACAAUCAUUGAGGGGCUUGGAUGACCGUAGGCGCACCAGUUUAGUUUUUGAAAAAAUUGAGAUAUUCAUGAGCUCAACUGAAACUGGUUUGAAAAUAUAUUUUGUGAAAAAAUCACAACUGCAAUCCAACUUUUAAUGAUCCGAAAAUGAGUUUAAACCUCCUCUCCGCCAUUAGGCUCCAUAGUUUUGAAAUUUUAAACACGUUCCUGAAAUAGCAAAAACUGCACUUAUGCGCCUUGCCCUCAGUUGUAUUGACACUUUUUUUUUCAUUCAAGCCUUCAAGUUUUCUGUCAUGUUGAGAUAGGAGGCAAUAUACAUACUAAGGCAAUAUGUACACUGCUUACCUAAGUCUAUAAUUUUCAAAUCUUUUUCAUUCGUUCGGGAGAACAAAAUUAUGGAAAAUGUAUUACAAAAGUCGGUUCACAUUUAAUAAAAAAUUGUAAAAAACAUUCACUUGGACUGACCAUCCGAAGCAUUUGACUAAAUGCCUGAUUUGACUAAAUGCCUGAUUUGACUACUUGCCCGCGGCAGCGGUCUAAUUAUUAAAAUUGAUAGACAAACCUAUAGACAAAGGAGGCAAAGGGAAAGUGGAGCGAUCCUAUUGGUGAAAGCAAGCUGUUGCUAUGGAGAUAGGAGGUAAUGAAGCGACUAACUGCAACUCACGAGACACUCUGUAGUUAAUCCUUAAUUCCCCAAACUUGAUCUAUAAUAACCAUUCUUUUUAACCAAUAGGAUCGCUCCAUUUCCGCAUGUCUUCUUUGUUUAUUGCUUUGUCUAUCAAAUCCAACAAUCAGCCCGCAGAUAGAUUUGCCGCGUUAAUAGAGCAACCAAAAAUCGCAAUUCAUUGAAUCGGAUUUGUUUCAGCAGACAUCACGUUCAGAGCGUAUAACGUUCAGAUUUUAGGUGAAUUUGCCGCAGAUUUGAUUUUAGUAUUUUCUACAUUUGUUGCGGUGAUGACUUCUAUUUAUAUGUAUUGAAAAAGGGGUCAGAGAAGCGAAGCAAUUUUUUAGACGUUUAUCUCUAAAAAUUCUACUCUGGAGGCUCAUUAUCGAAAUCGAAAUUAAUUGAGCUCACUUUGAGUACAGUAAAGUUGAUUCAACGACGGUAAAUAACUCUUCGUACGGGUAAUUUUGACUACGAUUGGCGGCUCAAUUCGUAGUUCAAUGAGAUGUGAUUCUUGCUUCGGCUCAUUGUCAGUACGUUUCAUAAGAGUACUCUCCACCUCAUUGAUAGAUUUGCCAAGUGGAGGAGGAGAAUAGAUUCAGAUACCAUAAAAUAUGCAAAGUAAUGAUGAAAUAUUGAUGUUCGUCGAAUUGUAGUAUACGUCGAAACGGGUGAAUAUGACAGUAAAACAUGUGGUUAGAUUUCUAACUUUUCAAUCGUUAUUAAUGUUCAAGAUCUUCACUUAAAAUCAUAUUCUGACGAUGAAAUUUUUCUGUCGAAAUAUAUCCUUCAGCAGCUUGAAUUGCAUGGCACAUUUUCAUACGGUGCUUCCAUAGAGGUGCGUCAAGUUACAUAUGAUAUCCUUUUAAAGCGCCUUCAUUUACGGAAGAUGCAGAAUACGUUGCACCUGAGGAAAAGUUGAUCUUAACAGAAAUGUGCCAAAAAAUCUACCAUAACCUCCUCCUUUCAAAAUGGUGACUAUCGCUGUAUGAGUAUGCUUAAAGUAGAUACCAUAAAAUGUUCUCGCUGUUUAUGCAUUUUUAUGUGAGUUACUAUUACAUUGUUACUUUUUAGUUUUUAUUCUCAAACUUUCAUUCAUGCGAAAUCCGGCACUUUGAAAGCUUGCGUAACUUAUACGCAAGUAUCGGAUAUUGUAAAAGUGAAACUGUAAAAUAAAUUUCAGAAAUUUGUUAAAUUA